AUGGACUCGAAUUCUGAUGCUAAGAGCAACAUCCAACGAGAUCUAUACCAAGAAGACGACGAAGACCCGAUUUCUCUCGCCAGCAUUCCGCUAACACCAUCCAAACGCCAACGCUCACAUCCACCUUCGCAUUCGCACUCGCACAUCUCAAUAUCAAGCUCACCAGUGGACGAUUUAGAAAGCCCUGGCUCAGCACCACCGUCUACCCUCAAAUCAACCCCCCACUCCCCUUCAUCCCCCCCUUCUGCUUCAUCCACCCACCAAGACGAACAGCACCAAGACCAACCCCCAGAACAAGAAGAUGAAGACCAAAACGACCACCUCCAAGACGACACCACCUCCCCCCCAACUUCCCAAGCAGACACAACCGCAACCAACGAUGACGACCCCGACGCAGACCCGCACCGUCCCAACCGCUGGAACGGCCCCGCCACAACCUGGAUGGCUUGGACAGCGACCGACCGACAGGCUUGGUAUGCGCUGGAGGGUGUGAGACGGGGGGAUUUGAGCGCGCAUUUGUUUAAUGCGCUGGGGUUGAGGAGGGGGUUGAGGCGGGCUAACGGGGCAAGCGAGGGAGAUGAGGAGGACGGUGAGGCAGGUAUUGAUGUGGAUGUAGAUGGUGGGUGGGAACUGGGCAAAGCGUGGACGGCGUGGCCGAUGCGAGCGGCCGAGGUGCCAAGGGAUAGAUUGAUGCCGCGGGCGGUGGAUGUUAAUGAGCCGUUUACGUUUCGGAGGGAGGAGGAGCCGGCGUUUGUGGGGAGGAAUUUGGAGGAGGAGAUUUCGGCUGGGAUGUUGAGGUGUGCGGGGGAGAGGUUUCGGAAGAGGGGGUUGGGGGGGAGAUUGCAGGGUGCGGAGGGGGGGGUGAUGAAGUCGGUUGAGAACAAUGAUGGGGGGGCUACAACGGGGGGAGAAACGGAUUUGGACGUGGGAGAAACGACCGGGUGGGACGACGAGACGGACGCGGCCCCGUCAUCAUCUAGGAGAAGAUUGCGAAGCGGUAAACGGCGAGGUGGCACAUCCGGAGCGGCCUCGCCAUCUUUCACGCCUACGCUCUCGGCCGACGACGAGCGGUCGUACGCGCUUCUACGCCCAGCUGCAAGGCAAAUCAUGUCGCGGCUGGAUGCGACGCUUAUGAUCCUGCAUAAUCAGCGUAUGGCUGGACUGGGCAACCUGUCGGAGUCCUCGACUGGUGAGGAAGACGAGACGGAUGGAGAGAUGCCGAUAAAACCCCCUCAAAAGUCAUCGUCUGUACAAACGCCUACACCGCAGCCACAACCAACGAAGCGGGGACGCGGAAGACCUAGGAUAGAACGGGUUCUGCUGGAAGGGGAAACAGAGCACCAGAUGCGACUACGGAUAGCCCGGAAAAACAGGAAGAAGAAACCGGUAUUAUCGAUGGCCUCAGAGCCGGAAUCUGGAGCCGAGACAGAGCGGCAACAGUCACAAACACGGUCCAUCGCCAGCUCACCAGCAAGCUCCCGAGCGAGCUCACGGUCUCGAGGCUCGAGCGUCUCUUCCGAAACCAACCGGGAGAAAUUUCUUACCAGAUGGGGUCUACGAAACUGGAAGGAUGUGUUGAGCGCCGCCGCUCUAGCAGGAUUCCCACCCAAGGUCAUUGCCCGCGCUACGCAGCGGUGCUCAACACUGUUCCGACAGGAGAUGACGAUGCAUACGUUGCAUCCGCGAACUACGUCUGCCGUGAUACCCAGUAGCAACAUGGCUGGUAGUCACAUGGCUGGAGUCGAGACGGUCCGAUAUGUCCCGGGACAACCCAUUCCGUCGUCGUCAGAGGAAGAUGGUGAUUCCGACAAAGAGCUGAAGUUGGCCCAGCUACGAGCGGUUAGUCGUCGCUCGAGUGUUAAGCCAACGAGCGGAAUGUCAUCAUCCGAGUCUGAUGAAUCUGACCCCGACAAUACACGAGCAGGUCGCCAGCAUAACCUCCUAUUCUGCCCUCACCCUAGCUGUCGACGCUCCAUCGAGCCAUUCGACAGGAAAUCCAAUCUCGAAAGACACCUCCAAGCCGUUCACGACAACCGCACGCCCGACCCCACGGAACCAGCAUACCAAGCCGUGGAGGAGGGGGACUCGGCGGGGUACAAACGCCGCAGACGGUCUGCUACGCCAGGGCUGGCUACGCAUCUCUGUCCGCAUCCGAAGUGUCCGCGGGCGAUUGAGGGGUUUACUAAGGGGUCGAAUCUCACGCGGCAUUUGCGGACGACGCAUGGGGGGUAUUUGCCUGACGAACAUGAAGAGAAAGACAGUGCAGAUGAGAUGGAGGGGGGGAUUCACGUGGAUCGGUUUCUACAGCCGAUCAAGUUCCGGAAAGGAUGGCGGGCGGAAGAUAUGCGGCAGCGGCAGAGGAUGGGGAGGUCGGCGAAGAGGGCGAGGAUGGCGUCGGAGGAGUUGGAUUCGUUUCUGUGA